GGCCCCGCCGCCACCAUGACGCCGCAUCGCGGGCCCCUCGGCGCGGGGGCAGCGAGCGACACGCGCCCUGACAGCUCCCAGACCCCGCCCCCCCCAGCUCACCAGGCGGCAGCGGCUCCCCCAUCCAGCAUCACCACUCGCGCACGCCCCUUGCCGCUUAGUCACGUGUUGGGGAGCGCCCCAUACAGUCAUGUGAUCUCUUCCCCGUGCAGCCCACCGCGCACGUCCUUUCUCCUCUUCCUUAUCCGGCCCCCCAUUCUACGCGUGCGCGCAGGGAACUGGCCCUUCACGUGCGCAUGCGCGUUCUGGGCUCUAGCCGGCAAUCUGCCGAGCAAGCAUAAAGCUGAGUCAAAGUUUAAAGAAACUGGAGUCAUCACUCCUGAAGAGUUUGUGGCAGCUGGAGACCAUUUAGUUCACCACUGUCCUACUUGGCAAUGGGCUUCAGGAGAAGAAUUAAAGGUCAAGGCUUAUCUGCCAACAGACAAACAGUUUUUGGUAACUAAAAAUGUGCCAUGCUACAAGCGGUGUAAACAGAUGGAGUAUUCAGAUGAACUGGAAGCAAUUAUAGAAGAAGAUGAUGGUGAUGGGGGAUGGGUAGACACAUUUCACAAUGCAGGUAUUGCAGGUGGGACAGAAGCAGUUAAGGAGAUCACACUGGAGAGCAAGGACAAUAUAAAACUGUCAGGACAUCCAGCCUCUUGUGAAGAUGAUGAGGAAGAUGAAGGGGAAGCAGCUGACAUGGAAGAAUAUGAAGAGAGUGGGCUAUUGGAGACAGAUGACGCAACUCUUGAUACAAGAAAAAUAGCAGAAGCUAGCAAAGCUAAAGCUGAUGUCGGAGGGGAAGAUGCCAUCCUGCAGACCAGAACUUAUGACCUCUACAUCACUUACGACAAAUACUACCAAACUCCAAGGCUGUGGUUAUUUGGAUAUGAUGAGCAACGGCAGCCUUUAACGGUAGACUACAUGUAUGAAGAUAUUAGUCAAGAUCAUGUCAAAAAAACAGUAACAAUUGAAAAUCAUCCCCAUCUUCCUCCACCACCUAUGUGUUCAGUUCAUCCAUGCAGGCAUGCAGAAGUGAUGAAGAAAAUAAUUGAAACAGUUGCAGAAGGUGGGGGAGAACUUGGAGUUCAUAUGUACCUUCUUAUUUUCUUGAAAUUUGUACAAGCGGUCAUUCCAACAAUAGAAUAUGACUACACAAGACACUUUACAAUGUAACUAGAAAUCACAAAUGUCUAUGCUAAUUACUGGUUCUGAUUUUUUUUAAAAAAAAACCCUAUACAUGUGACUUGUUUGUUCAGCAUUGUACACCGUUUCUGUAACAUUCAACUUUUAUCAAGUUUAUGCAUCAAAAUAAAAAGUUCCACUAUCAGCCUUACUUUUUAAUGAAGAUCUGUGUGUAAAAUAAACCACUUUUCAUUCCUA